UAGAGAGCAGGAGUAUUCUUUUGAGUGUGGGGUUAGUUUUUGACUGAUCAGAGAAAGAGAGCCUAGUCAGUCUCUGUCUUUGGUGUGUGUUAGCUGGCAUUUAAUCACAAGCUUUGGUCCAUACACUCCUUGCUGUCACUGCCCUCUCCCUAGCCAUCAUCACCACCUCAGCAGUGUGACUGUGAGAGCUGGUCAGUCAGUCUGCCCGUGAUUGACCUCAGUGUGUAGGUUUGAAAGAGGGAGAGAGAGAGAGAGAGAGAGAGAGAGAGAGAGAGAGAGAGAGAGAGAGAGAGAGAGAGAGAGAGAGAGACAGCGCGGUGAUUAGAUACACUGUAAAAAAAGAGAGUGUAAAAACAGUGGAAGAGAUCAGUCUGCAGCAAAUAGUCACAGCCAGCGCAAUGUCCGCCAACCCGCUACCUGUAGCCCUGGGUAGUGACCAGUUACCUCCGGGAGCAGAGAGUAGUGACCUGCCAGGAGGACUGUCUCUGCAAGCAGACACCGACGAUGGCGACGGAGAGAACAUAUAUCUGGCUUUGACUCCCGAAUCUCCACCUCCUGAAUUGCCCGAGGAAGUCAAAGAGUCUACAAUGGCAGCACCACCAGCAUCACCACCAGCACCGGGACAGUUUGUAGACAGAAAAGCAGCAGAAGCACCAACAGGAGGACCGUCUCUGCAACCAGACACCGACGAUGGCGACGGAGAGAACAUAUAUCUGGCGUUGACUCCCGAAUCUCCACCUCCUGAAUUGCCCGAGGAAGUCAAAGAAUCUACAAUGACAGCACCACCAGCAUCACCACCAGCACAGGGACAGUUUGUAGAUGGACAAGCAACAGAAGCAGCAACAGGACUGCGAUCUGUGCAAGCAGAUAGGGGUGAGGACGGUGAAGAGAACAUAUAUUUGGCUUUGACGCCCGAAUCUCCACCUCCUGAAUUGCCCGAGGAAGUCAAAGAGUCUACAGUAGCCCCUCCACCACCACCACCAGCAACAGCAUCGCCCGGGACAACCAGGACGCCCGGGGCACAACGGGCACCAAGGGCACCCGGGGCACCAGCAGAAAAUGCCCCAGAGCCACGGGCGGCCGCUGACGACGCAGAGAAUCUCUACCUUGCCCUGACACCCGAGUCACCGCAAACAUCAGCGCUGCCAGCCAUGCUAGCUUUGCAGACUGGGACAGACGGAGCGUCACUCCCGCAAGUUGCGACAUCACCACCGCCUAUGCUGGAACAAAGUUCUAGCAGAUCCCUUGCAACGCACCUGUCUGCCGCAAGCCUCACAUCGCCAGUCGAUACUGUACACAUGACGGAGAAUGCAAGUUAUACAUCCUUGCAGAAACUACUAGAGUCGGCGGAGGCAACGGAUGAUGGUGCACAGGCAAAUGAUGGUGGUGUGGAGGCAAACAACGGUGUUGUGGAGGCAAAAGAUGAUGUUGUGGAGGCAGAUGAUGGAUCUGGUCAUGCUUCAAACACGGCACAGCGCAAGCAUCUGGUGGCUGCCGGUCCACACGAGGCAGACAAUUGCACUUCAGCAAUACACUCGGCUGAGUUUCAUGGCACUUACCCGGAUGAACACAGUGUGUCCGAUUAUGCUGAGCUGGAGUUGUCAGGCACUCCAUCCGAUUAUGCCACCGUGGACUCCCCCUCCCCCGCAAUGAUGCCUGCUGCCGAUCCCAUACCUGUUGCUACCAGCCAUGCGCUAGUACAGCAGUCAUGUGACUAUGCUGCGGUGGAGCCUGUAGCGGCUAAUGCACCGGUGGCGGUGGAGUCUGUAGCGGCUAAUGCACCGGUGACUAGUACGGCGACGAUGGCACCAGACAGCGGCACAUCGGGAUACGCUAGUCUGAUAGUGACAAGCACUACCGCUAACGCUGCUACCAUUUCCACUUCGCAUGUCGUUACACCCGCCACUUUGCAUGCCGACACAUCCGCCACUUCGCGUGCCGAUACAUCCGCCACUUCGCAUGCCGCUACUUCUACCACUACUACAACUGCCACUGCUGCUGCUCCGUACCCUGCUAGCGCUGCUGCUGCUGCUGCUGCUCCGUACCCUGCUAAUGCUGCUGCUGCUGCCGCUCCUUUUACCGUGGAUGAAAGCAAGGAGCCAUGCUAUGCAACUCUGCAAGCUGACGCCACCGCUGGUCCUCCUGUGCCCGCUAGCAAGCAUACGCCGUCACGCGCCGCCCAAUCAGCUACCGCCGACUCCUCCACACUCGCUAUGGUAACUACACAGCCAACUACUGAAGGAAGCGCGUCUUACAAGGCUUCACUGUCCACAAGCCGAUUACGCCAGCCCUCAUCACUACCUCUCGGUAAACCAUCGAACACGACGUCAUCGCCAGCAGCUGUUCCAUAUACUUUGCCAGCAUUUGCGGCAACGGCACACUUAUCACCAAAACCAUCCCAGAAGCGGUCUCCGGAACCAUCUCCGAAACCGUCCCAGAAUCUUGGAACGACUUUAGCGUCUCCUUCAAACGAAGCUCUCAACACGUCAUCCCCUGCAGUGAUGCAGGUACCUGUCUCUCCUGUGAGUCCGCUAGCAAGUGUAUCGUCUCCUAGCCCGAAGAGCUCGCCAUCCACGAGUAAGUCACACAAAUUCACGCUAUCGUUAAAAUCCCUCAAAGCUAGUCUGGGCAGGUCUGGCAAGACUCCCACCACGCCAAGGAAGUCGCCCGCUUCGUUAUCUCCCCAUAGUGCUCCACUGACCGCCAGCUCUUCAUCCGCUCCCGCUACGCCAAUCGUGCCGGUGGUGAAGCCUGCGUCACGACCAAAUGUGUAUGUGGAUACAACCAUCACACCAACAGCACCGCCAGCAUUUCCUCCUCUCGUCCCACCACCACCGCCGUCAUCCACACAGACUGGUGGUACAAGAGCUCCGACAGGCGCCACAACUGCUGCUGCUGCUGCUGCUGCUAGGGCUGGUGCUGGUGCUUGUAAUGGUGGUGGUGGCGGUGGUGGUGUCCCAGGGCGUGAUGAUUGCAGGGCUCAAAGACCCCCACUACCUAGCAUCAGCAUACCUGACAGUGACAACGACCUAUGUCGUGUUACUUUCAAGAUGGCGUCGGGCAAGAUUGUCGAACUACAGGUUGAUCCGAUUGUGAACGUGAAUACCGUUAUCAAACGUCUCUGCUCAUUGUCUGGUUUGUCCAAUCCGCAUGCGUUUGAUCUCAUCUACUACCCGUUACCAAGAGAAACAGCACCAACACCAGCCAAGGUGCCCCCAAGUUCGUUGUCAGUUCAGGUCAGGAAGGGCGGAAAGAGUCCCAAUCUCAGAGACAAACUCAAGAGAAUGUCCAACAAUGCAACAUACGCCAACCUUGAUGAAGUCUUCGGAGGCAGUGGUGACAAAGAUGAUGGCAACAGCAACAGUAGCAGCAAUGGACCACCACAGUGGUCACGGAGACGAAAGAAGAUGGAGGAACUGGACAAGAAAUGGGGGAAGCAUUCUUCCAGCGUUGUCAAUGAAGGUAUACAGCACAUGGAUGCGGAUGUGGCAUUCAAUGUACAGGGAUUCAAUGAAGCUGAGCACAUGCUAGAGCUGAUUAACAAGCGUCAGUUACCGGCGGCAUCCACUAUGAAUGCUGCGGUUACGGAAACUGAUCUUCUGACGGCCGAUUUUGAGCGUUGCAGCAAACAGUUCACGGCUGGUGCUUGGCCGUGUGAUGUGAAGAAAGCUAGCAAGAUAGCAUCUCUACAUGCUCACGUUGCCUAUGGCGGCGGUGUCAUGGCAACCAAGACCAGCAUGCUGCCCAAGAGUCUAACUGAAAAGCUGAAGGAGUUCUUACCACCAGACUAUCGUAAAGACAAGUCAGCCAUCAAGUUAUCUCAACAGCACUUCAGUGAACAUAGUAACAUCACACUGGACAAUGCCAGGCAGCUCUAUGUUGAUCUCUGCAAAGAGUUGCCAACAUAUGAGGCCAAGUUCUUUGCCGUCAAGGCACCAUGCCCGAACAAGAAGGUCAUCAUGCCCUGUGUACUGGCUAUCUCUCCCAGGACUGUUGUACAUCUGGAUGGCAACACCAGACAGGUGGUGUCCACGUGGGCACUGACCGAUGUCCUUAACAGCAUGGUAUCAAGUUCCGUGUUUGGAAUUAUGUUCCACGAUAACACUGAGUUUACGGUGAUGACGUUUCAAGGAGAGAAAAUCCAGCAAACGCUGAGAAGCUGUGCGGAAGAGUGGAAAACCAGGGAAAUGGCCGGCUAUGAGGAUGUCAAUGAACAAUCGACGGAGGUGACGCCAGCGGCUGCCGACGAUGACAUCUAUUCGACUCUGGACAGCGCUACCGCAGCUCCGCUAGCGCCCACGCCUAGGGCUGUUCCACCGGCUCCCGCUGAACCUCUAACCCUGCUUGCCACUGCCUCUGCUGCCGCGGCUCACACUGAGCAGCAGGGUACGGGACAAAGUGACCAUGUUGGACUGACGGCCACUUCUCUGCUACGUUCUACUGCCGGGGUGAUAAGCCGAUCGGAGUCAUCAUCUUACGACUCCGCCGAGCAAGAACCACAGUAUGACUACAUCAAGGGCAGGAAUGUUCAAACGGUUGUCACGCCAACCAGUAAUGCCCGACCAACGCCACGUGAGCCUGGGUCCAUCGAUACGGAUGCGACGGAUGACUGUGAUGGAAGCUUGGUGUAUGAUGUCAUCUUGACUAAGGACAGUGGAGCUGCAAGGACAGUACGUGAGUUCGCUACAUCAGGUAUCACUGCUAGCGAUGGUGGUAGUGGUGUUGCUGCAGCUAAUGCUACUACUACUGCUGCUGUUCCUGUGAGCCAGCCACUUGACACAGCAUGGAUGACUGCACCUAUGACGUUAUCAACCCCUAUGAUAUCAUCGAAUCCUAUGACAUCGUCAAACCCUAUCAAUGACAUCACAUCACAGGUGCAAGCUCCCAUGAAGAACGCCAGGGCAGACGAAUCAGACACAUACCUUUACGUCAACCAAAAUGCUGACGACUUUGCCACGCCGUCCGACUGGGUAGUGCAGACACAGUCACGUGACUCACAGCCACAGGUCGUACACGCUGCUGCUGCCGUGACAACCAGUAACCAGGCUGCGGUCGUGCCUAGGAGGCCAGGGCGAGACGCGACGGCGCUAUCGAUCAGUCGACCGCGGCCAUCGUCCAGGGUGUUUGCUGGAGGACAGCCUAGUCUACUGCCCGUGUCGUCGUAUGCAAUUCCAGAACAACGGCAGCAGCUAUUGUCCUUCUCCAGUUCCACACCAGUCGCGUCAGCAGAUGUGAGUGAUGCCAGUGUAGUGCCCUCUAACCCAGCCAUGGUCCCACCACCACCGGCAUCAAGCAACGUACUAGCAAACCUCCCCCAGCAACCACCACCACCCCAACGACCACAUCAGAACACUGGUGAUAGCGGUCUGCCGGCACAAUCAACUGCUGGAACUGUCAACACGGUGUUAUCUGCUGGUGUAUACCCAUUACCACGGCAACAGAAUCGCUACGACAAUGUUGUUCCACAGCCUAUUCCCAACAAGAAAACAUCCAGCGAGCUGAGUCCAAACUUCUCUAUGCAGCAAACGGUAGCUAGUAAAACUUCAGUGGCUAGUAAUCAUCCUUCAUCCAAUCUACCACCACCCCUACCACCGCCAGCACCUCACCGCCAGCAGGUUUCCAUGCCAUUGCAGCUACAGUUUACAAUUGCCAAUCCAGCAUCACGUCAUGCUAUCCCGACGGCGGCGGGGCACGGACCAGCCAACACCGCCAGCGCAUGGCCAUCGCCACAGGCCAGCGCAGCCAAUCACCAACCACUGCCGCCGCAACCAUGGCAACAGCAGCAGCCGCAGUCGCUACGACCACACCAACCCGCUGCUGCGCUGCACGGCAGUAAUCCGUUCAGCCGCACUUAGCCGUGCAUUACGUCACUCCUGCAAUCAUCUCGCUGCUAAUGAUGUCAUGAUGGUGCAACUAUGAAGACCCCAUGAAAACCCUAUGAAAACCCUGUGAAAACCCUAUGAAAACCCUAUGAAAACCCGCUUGUGUCUAUAAUCCUCGAACUGUAUGUCUGGACACUCAGUGUGUGGCGCGAAUCACCAUGGUAGCAUGCUGUGGCGCGAAUCACCAUGGUAGCAUGCUACAUAGUCUUGUAGUGCAUAUGAAUACUCUCCAUCAUAAAUAUCAUGUAAUUGUCACCCAUGCAGUCUAGUCUCAGGCAAGCAAGCGUCGCUGAAAACACUUAUGCUGGAAUGCAUUUGCGGCUUUUAUGCUUCAAUGAUUCGACUACUAUUGUAAAUUAUUUCUGUUCGCUGAAAGACAAAGGCACACAUUGUAUACCCCAAGUAGCGUGAUGCUUUUGUGUAGAAUUAUUAAUUUUCAUGAUCUUCCUCCUUCCAUCCACUUACACUAACACAUGCUUUACCUCCUUCCAUCCACUCGCACGCGGUUUACCUCCUUCCAUCCACUCGCCAUGACAUUACCUAACUGCUGGAUUUCACUCGCGCGUCACGCGUGAUCAAACCGCUUGGUUCGACUCACGGCCCCGCCAUUCUCCUCUUAGAGAACUCUAUUAUUCAGCUUACUAGUUUUCAAAUUCCUUUUCAAGCUUUGAUCCGUAUUUGGCAGUGGUGGUGUUCCUGAUCAACCACUUACCCUA